AUGAUUUCUAGCAUUUGGCCAUUAAGAUGGUACAUUCCCGAAAAUUUCUCCGGCAUCGUCAGUGAGAGGCGCCAUCCGCACUUCCUCGGGGGUGAAAACACCAUUGUUCACCACCUACAGAAUGCCGGUUUCACUGUCACACCGGUGCCCCGAUCUGGAUUUCCGGGUGACAUCGUGACUUCAAGCGAUGAUGCUGCCAACAGCAAUGAAAUUGAGACAGACUACAAUGAGCAUCACAGCCAAUUGGAUGAUAACUUCUCCUCGUCGCCACUUAUUUCUUCGGCAGACCACGGAUUUCUUACGCAACUUGCUGCUAGUGAGCCCAGCAGCAUACUUAGGCAAGUCAGCCAGAGAGUACUCCAACGAACCAAAUGA